GUAUCUGAGACGUGGCUCACAACUCUCCACCUUGUUCCCGGGGCGCCUUUUCCUUCCCCUGUCCCAGGGCUCCUAGGGCUCUGUUUUUUUGAGGCUGUAGCUUUGAACACCUGUCCUAACUAGACUUUCCUUCCCCUCUCGGCGGAACGCAGGCGAAGAAUGACCGCCGCCCCCAACACAGCCUACCUCCGGCCUUUCUUUUCCAUCUUCAAAGAAUAUGAAAGUGAUGAUGAUUCUUAUGAGGUGUUGGAUUUAACUGAGUAUGCAAGAAGACACCACUGGUGGAAUCGUGUUUUUGGCCACAGUUCUGGACCUAUGGUAGAAAAAUACUCAGUAGCCACCCAGAUUGUAAUGGGUGGAGUGACUGGCUGGUGUGCAGGAUUUUUGUUUCAGAAAGUUGGAAAACUUGCAGCAACUGCAGUAGGUGGUGGCUUUCUUCUCCUUCAGAUUGCUAGUCACAGUGGCUAUGUGCAGAUUGACUGGAAGAAAGUUGAAAAAGGUGUAAACAAAGCAAAAAGACAGAUUAAGAAACGAGCAAAUAAAGCAGCACCUGAAAUCAACAAUAUAAUUGAAGAGGCAACAGAAUUUGUCAAACAGAACAUUGUGAUAUCCAGUGGAUUUGUGGGAGGCUUUUUGCUAGGCCUUGCGUCUUAAGAAUAUGAGUGUUCUACCACAGCGGAGUCACCUAUGAGAAAAGAAGUGGUGGUGACAAGGCGGUCUCACAACAUUACACGCCACCCUACUCUCUAGGGCAACAAGAAACAACUAGCCGGACAAUUUCAAAUUCAAAAGUUAGCAUAUUGCCGUCUGAAGUUUGGCAAAUUAGUAUCUGCUAUAAAACCAUCUAUCUAUAUGGUAUGUGUACAAUAGUAUUCCUGAUCCAAACAUGGCUGUCAUUUAUUUAAAUCAGAUGUUCUUCAUUGUGCUUUAUAGUAUAGUGCCAAUAAAUGAAAAUUUGUAUUAUAGCUGCAACAUUAGGGCUUACUUUUUUUUUAAAGAUAUGUUUGCAAUGAACUGAGCUGUAAUUCCCUUUUGUGGAAGGAUUUAGAAAUAGAAUUAUUCAAGAUAUUAAACAGUUUUAAUACCAAUUUUUAGGUUUUUCCCCCUGCAAUUCUUAGUUUGCUUAUAUAAUAACUGUAGUAAAUAAUUUCAAGAAAAGCUCUACUAAGGAAAUAUUACAUGUUUAAAGCUUUUUUUCCCUUUCUUCAGUGUCUGUAGUUGUAAAAUAUCUUCUUGUAUAUAAGCUUCUAAUUUUUUUUUUAUUAAUUUAUCCUAGCAGCCUAAGCAGAACUAAUUAGUUUGGCGGUAUGUAUAGUUGGUUCACUGAUAUAUUAACUUUGAGUGAACUUCCUUUCUUGGUUCUGAAAGUACUAAUUAUUAUUUUGUCUUCUUCACAAGUGGUAAAAAUUACCUAAAAGUACUUAGUAGUACAAUAUGAAUUUAUUGUCUGAAGAACCAUGAUUUUCUAUAUAAUUAUGAAAUUGUAGCUUAAAGAGAAUUUUCUCCUUCAUCUAGAGAUAUAAGUGCUAAGGCUUUUAAACUUUUGGUAGCAUUAUGUUUGUUGAACACUAGGCCAUUUGACUUGAUUCUCAGGGCCGCCAUCACACUUCCUCUGAGGCUCCUUUGCUCAGAAGAGCUUUCUGUAUUGUUCAUUUUGUCCACAGACUUCUAGGUUCUCGAAUUGGGAAAAACCUCAGAACAACAUGUGUUGGAACCUUCAGAUUGGAAAGACUGCAGAUAUUUAGACUAUCUCCUUUUGAUAGCAAGUCCCCAUAGUAUAUUUUGUGUAUUGUAAAAAUAAGGCAUUUGAUACUUUGAAGAUUGGGCACAAUCUGUGUGCUUUCAUUAUCGCAAGACUCCUUAAAAUUGAAUGUGAGAUUGAUCAUGUUCUUUCUUUACUCUCAUUAGUGCCUCAGAUACAAUGCUAAAUAAAACUCAGAAAUGAUUUUGCUUAUAAA